GAGAAAAAAAGGAAGCAGCGGAAGCAUUUGUCUCUCUAGAGGAGAGAGAGAGAGAAGAAACCAAACCAUUUCCCCCCAAAUUCGCCCCCUUUUUCCCCUCAAUUUUUUCUCAAAAUUGGAGGAAUUAGGGGAGGUUCUUUUUUGAAGUUGAUGCAAAUAUAGAGAGGAUAGAGAUAUUUAUAAAGAAAGAUGAGCAAUAAGGUGAUUUUGACGUACAAGCGGAAGCGCUUCUCGUCGCAAGCCCAUUCAUUAAGUUCUUUACCAGCUGAUUCAUCUUCCAAGUCUCCAAUUGGAAUAUCUCCGAAGAGAACGAGACUGAAUGCGGAAAGUGAAACCCAGAUUCAGCAUCUGAAGGAGGAUAAUUCGGCCGUUAACAUUGGAAAAGACGCCCAACUUGGAUCUAUUCCUGCUGAAUGCCUGCUUGAACCAAAAAAAGAUGAAGACUUAAGUGAAGAAUUGCCUCUUCAGCAAUCUCGUACCUCAAAAAGUGUUGAAAAUCUUGUGGCUGCUUCAUCUGAAGUCAAUAAAGAACCCAAUAUAGUGCAUGGAGAAAGUCAUUUAAACGGCACUAGAGAGGAUGAAUCAAGAAAUAAGAUAGCUAAUGCUGUCAAAAACUCCGAAAAAAAUACUUCACUUAAUAAUACUACAGAACAGAAGGAUCGAAUAAUUAAUAAGGAGCAAUCUAUUUCCCCUCCAGAGUCUACUUGCCUAACUAAGAUCGAUUCGAGAGAAUCCGGAUGUUUGUCGUCAAGGGGCCAUCUUGCAGCUUCGGUGGAUGAGGAAAAUGAGGGGAGAAUCAAAGAGUUGGAAUGGUUGGAAACGCUUGAUAAAGCACUUCAAGAGAAAAAGAAAGGGAAGAUGUGCUGGCCGAACGAGCAAAUUAAUGUCGAACAACCAUUCAGUGGAAUGCCAUCCACUACAUUCCCAGCUGAUUCAUAUGCUCUGGUUCAACACAACCAGGACGUCUCUGCGGGCUUUACGAAUCAAACUGCACCACUACUGGCACGAGCGCUCUUGGCAAAUGUAGGCGAGACCGUCUCGGAAAGAAAGCAGCAAGAAGAGCGAAUAAGUUUGUCUCUCAGCAUGAAUUUUUUCAAGCCUUCUCCACUGAAUUUUGAGCCUCCAGGUUUCUCAUCUAAAGGCUCGCAGACAAUGCCAUGGCAAUCAAAUCCGAGCAUCAAAGAUAUAUUCGAUUAUGGCACCAAGGGGCCGCGAUGGACCAGCUCUUUCGAAAAUGUAACAUCGUUGAGGCACAAACAAAUACUGGAAAAUAUUACAAGUGGGUCGUCAAUGUUGAAAGAACGGUUAGGCGCCUUCUCGGAUAAGAUGAUGCGUUCGAUCGAUUGGUCGGAGGAUGAAUUGGAUUUUCUCUGGAUCGGCGUGAGAAGGUAUGGACUAAAUAAUUGGCAUGCGAUGCUGAGUGAUCCACGACUCUGCUUUUUAAGAUCGAGAGUUCCGGAGGAUUUAGCUGAAAGGUGGGGGAUAGAGCAGAGAAUACUUCUAACCGGUAUAUUGUCUCACCCUGCUGCGGCAAAUGAUUCUUGGGGAUCAAAAUCAGAAGUAGGAAAUCGGUAUGGUGGAAACGGAAAUUGGGCAUGGAGUUCGGAAUUGCCCAAUUCCUCCACAGAAACUCAACUUUCUCUGGGAGAUGUAUACCUUCGGAACAGUAACACCUCGUAUCAAAAUCCUAAUCUGUUUGCGAAUGAAAGCUCAUCCUCAAGUGCUUUUCUCAGCAACUUCUUAUUCGGUUCCAACUCCAUUUAUCCACGGUAUUUCAGAGCUCAAAACACAAGGUACGAUUUCGACUCACCGGUGCUUCCUAAGAAAUCAGUAGAUAGAUCGAAUCUCGAGCCUCAAACUACUCCGUCGUCGAGCAACAAUCUUCCACAUUGGCUCAAAGAAGUGAUACCGACGCCAAGACCGAGUAACGAUCUACAGAUCGGCUCUUCAGUUAAAGAAUCUCGAAAGAGAGGCAUACUAAAGCGGAAGAGCGCGGCUUCUGGUGGAAAGUCAGGCGGCUUGAGGGCAUCUGAUGGUCCAUCAUCCGAGCCACUGACAGGAUCGCGGCUUGACCUGCAUCAAAAGCCCGUAUUGGCAACUGCAGGUUUUGGAUUGAACAGCGGGUUGGAUCUGAAUAAGAAAAGCUCCAACGAACCGAUUAACUUGGUUGUGAUUGAUAGUGAUGUGUCGUCGGAGGAGACGAUAUCGGAUGAACAGAGCAGUAGAUGGUAGCCUUUUUUUUUUCCGAGGUUCGCCGGAAAAAUGUGGCAUUUGCAGUUUCUGUGCAGGGUUUUGUUUUCUGAGCCUGUACUAUUCCUGUAUAUAAGUUGUACUCUUCCGUAGUUUUCCAAAUAUCAUUCAUUCAUAAAGUAGAGCAACAAUUUCAUCUUC